GUACAACAAGAGCCAAGAGGAAGGAACAAGGCACGUAAGAAUUAAAACGCCGGUGAACGGCGAGAAAGUUUGGUGUAUCCACAAGUUUGAACCUUUUUGUAAUUUGAUUCAACCAGUGGAAGAUUAAGAAAAUAAGAUGGCUGUCAACGUUUACUCCACAUCUGUGACCGGCGACAACCUUAGUCGCCAUGAUAUGCUUUCUUGGAUCAACGAGUCUGUACAGAUGAACUACGCCAAAAUUGAGCAGUUGUGCUCAGGUGCCGCUUACUGUCAGUUCAUGGACAUGCUUUUCCCUGGAUGCAUCCCUUUGAAGAAGGUAAAAUUUCAGGCAAAACUAGAGACUGAGUUCCUCCACAACUUCAAACUUCUGCAGACCAGUUUUAAGAAGAUUGGGGUUGACAAGAUAAUUCCUGUGGAUAAAUUGAUAAAAGGCAAGUUCCAGGACAACUUUGAGUUUGUGCAAUGGUUCAAGAAAUUAUUUGAUGCCAACUACGAUGGAAAGGAGUAUGACCCACUCGGUGCUCGCCAGGGCCAGGACACUGCUCCUACGCCCAACCCAGGGCAGGUCGCAUCCAAGCCAAGAAAGCCCACCACUGUACAGUUCCACAGCUCCCCACCUCUUAUCAGACCAGCGGCGAGAGUCGCUCCCACGAGGUCUACAACGGCAGUAACCAAACCCCCGCCCAGGUCAGCAGGGAGUGCCUUGCGGAGGCCCGGAGGGGCAGAGGACGUGGAGAGGGUGGAGCUAGCCCAGGAGGUCAGUUCCCUGAAGGCCACUGUCCAGGACAUGGAGAAAGAGAGAGACUUUUAUUUUGGAAAGCUGAGGUCCAUUGAGGUCAUCUGCCAAGAAGUGGAUGGAGAGGCAGAUACGACGAUGCAGAAGAUUAUGGAUGUUCUAUACGCCACUGAUGAGGGGUUUGUUAUUCCUGAUGCUGAAGGAGAAGAACCAGAAGAGUUCUGAUGAAAAUGGACACAACUGCAGUUCAUACCUUAAUCACACACUUUUCAAUACACACACACACACACACACAAGUUUGCAUGUGCAACGUUCAUACGCACUCUUUGGGUCUAAUGAACAUGCACUUACUCACACUGUGGAUUAAGUUGCCUCUGGAUUAUACACUGCCUGCCACCUUGGUCCAAGUGUUUAUUGGACCAAGUGUU